AUGAGCACGGAUGCGGAUGCAAUCCGGCACUGGUGGCGCACGUCCAUCAUAGAGAUGGAGCCGGGCAAGAUUGCCUUUCGCGGGACACCGAUCGAGGAACUCAUCGGGAACGUAAGCUUUCCGCAAAUGAUCUGGUUGAUGGUGCGUGGCGGAACGCCAAGCGAGGCGGAGGCGCGCCUGUUCGAGGCGGCUCUCGUUGCUGGAGUCGAUCAUGGGCCCCAGGCGCCUUCGAUCGCGGCCGCCCGGAUGGCAUCGACAUGUGGACUGGGCCUGAACAACGCAAUUGCAACCGGCGUCAACAUGUUGGGCGACGUUCAUGGCGGUGCCGGCGAGCAAUGCGCCGAACUUUAUUAUGACAUUUCCAGGCGCCUUGAUGAGGGAACAGUGCUUAUCAAUGCCGUCCAGGAAGGCCUCGACAACUGGCGGUCCGAAUACGGAAAGAUCGUCUCAGGCUUCGGGCAUCGUUUUCACAAGCCGACAGAUCCGCGCGCACCUCGGUUGAUGGCCUUGGUCCGGGCGGCGGCCAGCGAGGGAACCGUGUCGGGACGUUACACCGAUAUCGGAGAAGCCGUUCAGGCAGAACUCGGACGUGCGCGUGGCACUCCGAUCGCCAUGAACAUUGACGGUGCCACUGCCGUCAUCUUCUGCGAACUCGGGUUUCCCUCUCCACUGUCACGGGGGCUGUUCUGUCUGUCGCGAUCCGUCGGCAUUCUUGCCCAUUCCUGGGAACAGAUGAACCAGGGUGGCCGCAACAAGGGGCCGAUGCCACCCCGUUUCCUUCCUGAAUAUGAUCCUGAGGAUCAUUCUGAGUGA